AUGAAAAUCUACCUCUUGAUUCCUGUGUUUGCAAUAAUAAUUGCUGACGUAACAGCAAAAAAGAAAUAUGCAAGAGAUGAGUCGGAUGAUUAUGAAAGUACGGAACAAGACAGUUCGAAAGCAUUCGAUUUAAGGGGGACCUUAAGACAACACUUCGGACUGAUUGCGUCUUUGCGGGACCCAGACGAAAACGGCGUGUGCUCGCCGAUAUCCGCGCUACUCCCCCUGGGCAAGUUGGCCCUGGGUGCACAAGGUGCCGGCCUGAAGGAACUUAACAAAGCCAUUGGGGUGUCAUCCGAUGACGAACUCGACGAAGACUAUUCGGACGAACAUUCAGAGUCGGUGUUGGAGAAACACUUAUCCGAUCUGAUCGAGAGCCUGAGGGAUCUCGAGGGGGUUACGUUGGAUGUGGCGAGCAGAUUAUACAUAUCCAACGACAAGAGACUUUUUAAGAAUUACACGAAAGCGGCGAAGAGGAUCUUUAAGACCUCGAUAGAGAAAGCUGAUUUCAAUGAACCUAUUACAGUGGCGAAAAGCGUCAACGAUUGGGUGGCAUUGAAAACUCACGGAAUGAUUCCUGAAAUAAUAUCGCCGCAAGAUGUUUCACCUAGAUCUUCGCUGCUUAUUGUAAAUGCCAUAUAUUUUGCGGGCAAAUGGGAACAUCCUUUUGGUGAAGUGGCACCAGGCACUUUCUAUUCUCCGAAACGUGAUAAGAAAGUUUUUAUGAUGACUAAUACCGCGUGGUACUAUUACAAAGACAGUAAAACAUUAUCCGCCCAGUUAAUUCGAAUACCAUACGUCGGUGCGAAAUCUUCAUUCCUGAUAGUGCUACCGAAUGAAAAAAGCGGGUUGCAGAGUUUAUUGAAACGGCUCAAGAGAAACCCGAAGUUGCUGGCACAGGCGGUAGACGGAAUGAAGUCGACGAAUAUACAAUUAACCAUGCCCAAAUUCAGAAUCGAGUCCCAAUGGGAUCUAGGCGACCUAUACAGAAAUAUUGGACUGAGUUCGGUAUUUGAUAGACGUAAGUCUGGAUUGACUGGUAUCGUGCGUGAUGAGAAGCUGGCUGUCAGUGCAGCGAUACAGAAGGCCGUAAUUGAGGUCAAUGAGCUGGGAACGAAAGCUGCGGCCUCCUCUGUGGUCGUAAUUUGGAAGUACUUAUUACCGGAUAUCCCUCAUUUUAAAGCCGACCAUCCCUUCCUUUUUUUCGUGCUCUCGGCCAACCAGCAACUGUUCUCGGGAGCAUACGUCGAACCGAAU